CGCCAGUGUGCAGCACAACCUUGCCGCCAUACUUCUCCUUGGUAGCUCUGGUAAGCACUUGAAACAUGCCAUCUAUAAACUCGUCAAUCGUAAUUAGUGGGAGCUUCCUUUAUCCCGAAACUUCGCCUCCAUGUUCAUCGGUGCGUCUAAAAUCACGUGAAUAUCACGCGUCCGUAGCCUCAAGCUUCCACCACAGGUCCACCUGGGAGACUCGCUCCAUUUAAGCUUUGCUGCUUCGGGGGCGUCCUUUAUGUCGGCGUCCAUCUGCUAAGAUGGACUUUCCCGCGGCGGCCAACGCCCUGGGAACCCUUGGAGCAGUCUGUUGGUCGGUGCAGCUUAUCCCCCAAAUCGUGGUGAACUACCGUCGACAUUAUACCACUGGCCUCCAGCCGUCGAUGAUGAUGCUCUGGGCCUGGGCUGGCGUACCCCUCGGCGUGUACAACAUCGUCGAGGAGUUCAAUGUUGCGCUGCGCAUACAGCCUCAGAUCCUCACAUUCCUCAGCUUAGUGACCUGGAUACAAUGCUAUUACUGCCAGAGAAAAUGGACUGUCGUGCGGUCUCUGCUCGUUGUUGUACCAAUUGCUGUCGCUAUGGCGAGUAUUUCAGGCGGCACUGAUCCGGUCCUGUUGGCGGCCGGCGUGCUCCGACAUUACUGGGAUAUCUCGAUGCAUCGAACCGUGCGGGGAAUCUCCUUUAUCUUUGUGGGUAUCGACGCCGCCGGUGACCUAUUCUCUCUGCUGUCGGUCUUCUUCCAGCCGAGACUGGACAUCCUUGGUAUGGUCAUAUACGGGCCAGAGCUCGUAUUGUGGCUGGGGGUGUUCGCUUGCGGCGGGUACUAUAACCUUCUUCCCUGGAUCCGGGAGAAAUGGUUUGCGGACCAGGACCAGGCUCGACAUAGUCGAUCUCCAGACCUAGACAUCGUGUCAUCUACUCAUGCUGGUUCGGCAUCAGGACACAUUGUUCUGCAUGACAUGCCUUCCUCAACCUCUGUUUUUAGCACAGCCUCUAGGGGGUCUGCCGGUCUGAGACCCAGAGCCGUGGCCUCACUGCGAAGAAGCAGUGAUGAACAGCGCGAGACGAGUGUUCACACAACGCCAUAA